UCGUGUUAUUGUUAUUCAGACUUUACCAUCUUCGGUAUCUAAUGGGUGUGGCGACGAAUAGUGGGUAUAAAUAGAGAGCUUCUCAAACGGCGGCAUCACACACCAAUUCACCUAGGGGGAAAAUACUCGCCAAGCUUUCGCACAGACUUCACCAUGUACAAGAUUGUAUUGCUUACUUUGGCUUUGGCCGCCUUCGUUUUCGCUGUCGAGACCCAACAAGAUCAGGAAACUGCCGAACAAUAUUACCACGUCCAUGGCGUCUACCCGUCUUGGUAUCCAUAUGGUGCAGUCCGUUCUUACCGCCACCCAUACCCUUACGGUUACCAGUUUGGCGUUUUGCCUUAUGGAGUGCGAAGCUUCUAUGGAGCUUACCCUAACUACGGCUAUGGUUACAGCUACGGUUAUUAAACACGCCCAAACGUUUAAUUAUUAUAGACUUUUACUCUCACUCAAGCUGCCCUCUCAAUGUCAAGCAGCUCACCUGAUAUGCUCCCUCUAUGCUGAUUUUUUUUUAUUGCUUAUUCUUAUGUAUUCAUAAUAGCCCCACAAAAAAAGUGUCGCAAAUAAAAACACUUAAAAAAUA